ACCUCCCACGCCAACAUGGCCGCCUCGGUCAGCGCCGCCACCACUUCGUCCUUCGACGACCCCGGCGAUUGGGUCCACAAAGCCCUUGUGAACCCCCAUCUCCCCGCUGAGGUUCUCCUGAGUUUUCGCCGGCGCCGCCCCGAGCUGGAGGCGGAGGCCGACGAAGACGCGGAUCCGAGCACCUCCGAAGCCGAGAAGGUGCUGGAGUGGGGGAAGCGAAUCAAGAGGUCGAGGGUGAUGCGGCUCCCCCGAAUCGCGGAGGCGCCGCUCGAGGAAGAGCCAGCGGUGAUGAAGAGGAGGCCGAGCCCGCAGUCGCCUCUCGAUCUGUGUCGCAGCGCGUCGGCGAGCUCCAACGAGAAGCCCGAGGUGGUGUCAAGAUCUCCCUCCCUUGCCACCGCCGAAGCCUGCCGCAUCGAGGUUGUGGCUGCUCCGUCGAUCCCGGCCUCCGCCCGCAUCAGACGGCCAGCGGCGAGGAAGAUGACGAAGCUGGAGCUGCAAGCGGUGGAACGGACGCUGCUCGAAGAAAGGGCGAAACUUCGCAAGGAGAUAGAAGACGCGCGAAGGACCGCCGACGAAUUGCGCGCCCAUAAUCACAAACUGAAGCAGUUGCGAGCAGAGCUUCCAAAGAUUGCAGUUCCUUCUUCCCCACCACCCCGGCACAAAGCUUCCGUUUCAUUACCAGACCUCAACGUCCCCUUACCUGAUUGUUACUCACCAUCCUAAUUUUCAUCGGCCACGAAAACAAAAUGUAAAUAGUCGAGUUUGGGCUAAUGAAGCACCAAAUCACUAACAAUACUCUGCUAAUUCUAUUUCAUAUUUAGGAUGAGCAAAUGGUAGGUAGCUAAGCUAUACUGCACGGCUGCAAUCUAUUCUACAUUUUUAAGAUUUUGAACACAAUUUCUUCAUCUUUUCAUUAAUGAAAUGAUCAUCCAACUUCUUUUC